UGACCGUAAAGUGGCCCGGCCCUGUCGUGAAAGGGCCGCAAACAGGCGGAGAGCGAGUUGCGGCUGCUUCUCCAUUUUGUUGGCCGCUGCGCUGUGUCCAUCCACGGCGUUUCUUCCCACAGAGCUCUGAGGGGAAAGGCUUACAAUUAAAAGGAAGAAAAAAAUUAAAGAUAAUUCGGGAGUACUACGGACAAAGCGUGUGGGUCGCUUAGACUCCAGCAGUAACUCCAGAUCUGCAGUCCCCGGGGGGGUCCGGUAAGGAGAACGUCACUACAGCGGUCUUAAAGAAGCGGCAGGAGGAGAUGCGGCCCCUGGACGUCGACGAGGUGGAAGCGCCGGAGGAGGUGGAGGUGCUGGAGCCCGAGGAGGAUUUCGAGCAGUUCCUGCUCCCGGUCAUCAACGAGAUGCGCGAGGACAUCGCGUCCCUGAUACGCGAGCACGGGCGGGCGUACCUGCGCACCAGGAGCAAGCUGUGGGAGAUGGACAACAUGCUCAUCCAGAUCAAAACGCAGGUGGAGGCCUCGGAGGAGAGCGCCCUCAACCAGGUGCAGCGCCCCAGUGGCGAAGCCGACGAGAGAGUGUCGGAGUUGUGCGAGAAGGCCGAGGAGAAGGCCAAGGAGAUCGCGAAGAUGGCACAGAUGCUGGUCGAGCUCGUCUGGCGAAUAGAGAGAAGUGAGUCUUCUUGAAGGAGGAGGUCGGUGGUAAGGUCCGAAACUAGCGGGAGCUUGGAUGGGACUCAGUAGUCGCCCUAAGCAUGGUGUGAAGCCGCGCCCUGUCAAAAGUUAUAUCCUAGACCUGCACCCCCCGUUUUAUUGCAUCAAAAAUUGAGCAUUGGGAACGAAGUUGGCGUCAAGAGGAAAGAAUGCGUGCUGGUUUUGUUAGGUGUUAGUAUACUGUUUUUUUAUGGCCUCUCCCUCCCACACUGAUAGAGAAAAAUAAAAGUAACUUCGGGUUUGUGAAACAUGAAAGUCAAUUCUAAUAGGUCGGUCGCCAGUAGACUUGUCUAGGCAUUAAGGGAGUUUGGGGAAAGCCAAAGAAAACCUAGGCCGUAGAGCAAAAUGGAACGCAGGGUGAGAACGCAGGGAAAGAGAAAGAAAGAGUAAAGCCAGAGGACAUUACCUCAAAUUUCCAGAUUGUUCUAUGAGGCAGGUAUGUCAGAAGACCCUGUCUCAAAGAAGUGGGAUUCUUCUGAGUGGUUAACAUCAGGGUAUGGAACUUUUCAUGGUAAAUUUCUCUCAAUUGUGCUUUAGGUUCACAGUUGAGCACUAUAGUCAACUGGUAAGGAUGAACUGACACUGAGGAAACAGCCUGUCAUCUUCUCUGUUUUGUUUCUGUAUAUUUUUCACCCCCAUGUAAUAGUCUCCCUUAUGGUCAGUGAUUGAUAACCUCGAUAUAGGUUUACAUCAUCAAAUGUAUUUGGUUCUGGAAGGAUAACUUUCGUGGGAGAAAUCCUGUUGUAAGAGAAACGGGGCUCAAUCAAAAGUUGUUUUUGCGGUCACGUUUAUUCUUGUUACUUUGCUGUGCUUUUGAAAUGUGGGCAUGGCCUUGUAUUUUGCUGUUACCUUUGUGACCUGAUUGUUUUUUGGAACACGUCAAGACUUGGGAUCAGAAUCUUCCAACUUUAGAGGUGCAGUGGAAGGCACUGCACUACUUGGUUGAGCCUCGUGAGGAAUGUAUUAAUGAGACUGCUUUGCAUAAAGCUGGGAAGACCGAGAAGACAGUUGGAGAUGGAAGUGGUUUUGUACAUAUUUUGGAACUUUCGUUCCUCUGUGAGACGAAAGAGGAGAGCUAUGUUUGGUGGCACAUUGUCUGAUGUAUAUUGUGUAAUCUGUCAGGUAAGUUGAUUUAGACGACAUAGCUGACCUUACAUGACAAGGCAGUGAGUAUGGACUGUUGUAAUACCCUCACACGUUACAGGGCCUUCAGAGAAUGGCACUGAAGAGA